GCUGCAGAACUUCGAGCUUACCUGAAAUCCAAAGGAGCAGAAAUCUCUGAAGAAAACGCUGAAGGUGGACUUCAUGUUGACUUGACACAGAUUAUUGAAGUUUGUGAUGUGUGCCUGAAAGAGGAUGACAAAGAUGUUGAGAGCGUAAUGAACAGUGUAGUCUCUUUGCUUCUUAUCCUGGAACCUGACAAACAAGAAGCGCUGAUUGAAAACCUGUGUGAGAAGUUAGUAAAAUUUCGGGAAGGGGAGCGCCCAUCUCUUAGAUUGCAGCUGCUGAGCAAUCUUUUCCAUGGUAUGGAUAAGAACACUCCUGUGAGAUACACAGUGUACUGCAGCCUUCUUAAAGUGGCCUCAUCGUGUGGUGCCAUCCAGUACAUUCCAACUGAACUAGAUCAGGUCCGAAAAUGGAUUUCUGACUGGAAUCUCGGCACAGAGAAAAAGCAUACUCUUCUGAGACUGCUGUAUGAUGUCCUAGUAGACUGCAAAAAAAGUGACACUGCAGCAAAAGUAAUGGUGGAACUACUGGGAAGUUACACAGAGGACAAUGCUUCCCAGGCUAGAGUUGAUGCUCACAGAUGUAUUGUACGAGCAUUGAAGGACCCAAAUACCUUUCUCUUUGAUCAUCUUCUUGCCUUAAAACCAGUCAAAUUUUUGGAAGGAGAACUUAUUCAUGAUCUUUUGACAAUUUUUGUAAGUGCUAAACUAGCAUCCUAUGUCAAGUUUUAUCAGAACAACAAGGACUUCAUUGACUCCCUUGGCUUGUUGCACGAACACAAUAUGGCAAAAAUGAGGCUACUUACUUUCAUGGGAAUGGCUGUAGAGAAUAAAGAAAUCUCAUUUGACACAAUGCAACAAGAACUUCAGAUUGGAGCUGAUGAUGUAGAAGCAUUUGUUAUUGAUGCCGUAAAGACAAAGAUGGUAUACUGCAAAAUAGAUCAGACACAGAGGAAAGUAGUUGUCAGUCACAGCACACAUCGGACUUUUGGAAAGCAGCAAUGGCAGCAAUUGUAUGACACUCUAAACACCUGGAAACAAAAUUUGAAUCAAGUGAAAAACAGUCUCCUCAGUCUCUCAGACACUUAACAUUUUUUUUUGACCUAGUGAUGUCGCUGUAGGUGAAAUUUAUUCAAAACUUUGACAAUUUGUGAAUGUCUCCAAAAUGUAUGCAAUUGGUUUAAAGAUGCUAAAUACUCUAAAUUGCAACACAAAAAAGGCAAUAAAGCUAACAUGGGAAAAU